GAUGUUUCACCUGUCGUGGAGGAAAAGAAGAAGAAGAAGUGGAGGAAGAAAAACAUCGUCGUCGUUUUUGUAAAUUUUUUGUGUUUUUGACCUCUUUUUUCCUCCCAAAUCUCAGCCCGGAAGUGCAUCUGUGUGUCACAUCGUGAGCCCGUGAUCCUCCUCCAGACAUGGGUGAUGCAUUCGAGCAGUAUCUCCUCACGGAUCUCUGUGAUGUGAGCGAAACAAUUCAGCAGCGUUGCACUCAGCGGAUAAAAUAUACGUGCUUUAGUGCCUCAGACAAGUAUCUGGUGUUUGGUGCUACAUCCGGGAGUCUCUAUCUGUUCCAGCGCUCACCGUGCAAGUUCAGACACUUGAUCCCCAAUCGAACGACCUCCGUGACCCUCGUGAGUGUUUCCACGAGUGAAAAGUACGUUGCGCAUGCUACGGCCUCAGGGGAGAUUUUCCUUUCAGCGCUGGACAGUGAGGCUGCAAUCCCCGAGAGGGCAGGGAAGGUGGACACGGGGAGGAUCACGUACCUCCACUGGGCAAAUGGGGAUAAAUGUUUGUACUUUGGGGAUGAUCGUGGGCGUGUGACGUGCGUGAGCAUCUCAACCUUCAUCCAUCGCUCUCUGCUCAAUAUGCACACGCAGGAGAUUCUCCUCUUGGGUGCCCCCGUGGUGCAAAUUGACAGCUUCGACGUCCUCCUGCUGGUCACCACAACAGCUGGGAGCAUAAUGUGCAAUACAGAGCGUGAGGAGUUCAAACGAAUUGGGAAUCAAGCUCGCAAUGGAGCAUGUGGAGCAUGUUUUGUCGGUGUUCAACGGGAGGAAUUCCUCUCGGGACGGAUUUACUGUGCUCGCCCCAAGACUCGCUUCUGGGAAGUUCAAUUUGAUGGGAAUGUGAAGCAAACAAUAGACCUAAGGGAUGCUCUGGCCAUUCCACCAGCCCGAAUUCGUCACAAAACCCCGGAGAAUGCUUCAAGGGACUUCCCAGCGCAAAUUCUGAGUUUUCAGCAAGUUCUGUGCAUGGAUAAUAAGCUAAUUGUAGCCCACACCCCAUUGGGGAUUUAUAUCUUCGAUCCGAAGAAUAAUUUUGUACUGUGGAAUGAUGAAUUUCCGGGGAUUCACAGCAUCCGGAUCGUAGGGAAUGCAAUUUACGUUUUUCUCGACACAAUGGAGGUGUUUGUGGUGCGCGUAGCCAAACUCUGUGAUCAUAUUGUUGACACCCUGAUGUUGGAAGACUUUCCCACAUGCCUGGAGCUAAUUGUACGGAAUGAGUCGUACGUGAAGAAUCACGUCAGGGUGCGGGAUUCGCCGCAAAUUGGGCGAUUCCGUGAUUUUUUGUGUCAAAUGCACGAAGAGGAGGUUCUAAAGCUCAUUGAGAGCAUAAUUUCAACCCCAAAGGUGGAUUCGGUGCCCGUGGCUCAUGACGAGGGGAAGUUUCCCCAGAAGAAUAUCAAGGAUGUCAUUGCAACGGUGAUAAAGAGCAAAUUGGGGAGGAAUAUCAAGAUUGGACUGAAUCUGCUGGCCAGCUUCGAUGCAGGGCAGAAGCAUGAGGCAGUUCCGCCGGAGAAUGGACACAGGGCGGUUUUCAGGGAGAUUGAGGAAUUCUCAGCACCUCCGGAUGAGGAAAUUGUUACCCGGAGGAUGGUGCUCAGUAGGAAGACCGUCCCGGAGAUGGUCUAUCCGCGACUUACGGACGAGGAGAAACUUCUCCGGAAUCUCUAUAUGAUCUACAAAUCAUCACGAAUUGGGAAUAUCAGGCUUGUGGAGCGCUAUGCUGAGAUUUUUGAUCGGUACACCCUAGCGGAGAUUUCUGCGCUCCUCCUCAAGCUUCAGGCUGUAAUGGUGGAGAAUGGGGAGAGUGAACCAGAAGCCAGGAGGAAUUGUAUCGGCUUGUACUUGGACUACGUGAAACCCGAAUUAAUUUGGGAGAUGGAGGAGAAAGCUCAGGAAUUCCUCCUGGAGGGAUUUAUUGUGGUUAAUGAGGGAGACGCAUCGCCCAAGUGCACCAACUGCUCAUUCCCACUCAUCUCCAUGAGCGAAGGACAACACAUGGAUGUGGGGAAGAUUCUCUUUCAGUUCCUCUGGUCACGGCAGGAGAGGCAGCGCUGUGAAGACAUGGCGAAGCGGGUGCCAGCUCUCCUCAGCCUGUGGUGCCUCUAUCGCAGUCAGGAGGGACCUUUUGAGCACAUGGAGGAUGUUCUCUUUGCCUCCGGAAGCUGUGCAGUCUUCACCAAAGUGUCUGAGCGCUUCCGCGGGAUGCAAUUUGGGCGGGUGCUGUACCUCCUUGACCAACUGCUGACACACAGCACAGCCUGGUGCCCACAGUGUGGUGCUCAGGCGGACAUUGAAUCUCCCCCAGACAAUCUCCCAUCAUUCUACACGUGGAAUUAUCUCGCCGAUGUGGCGGCAAAGUGCGCAGGAGGCCGGGAAACGCUCAGGGAGUUGCAAAAGUAUCAGAAGAAUCUCCCAAAAAAUGCACUGAUGAGGGAAUUUUUCCUCACGUGCCUGCAGAUGCCAUAGAGGGGGGACUCAAAGCGGGGAUGGCGCUCAAAACUUUCCAGUUACCACAAGAACAAUGCUCGGACACGAGUCGGAAUCCGACUCAGUAUUUGACUGUAUUUUAAACUGCAUAUUUUUUACACAAAAUAUACACCAAAAAUGCAUUAAAGGAUACUCUAUGUAGGCUAUAAGGUGCAAGUUGCUAUACAUAUAAUUAUACAUACCUACUAAAUUAUUUACCGUGUAUUAUUUUAACGACAAAUAAAUCAUUUAUUAGAGAGAGAGAAAA